GCACAACGCAGUUGAAUACAUACUGCACAGAAGACUGCAAAGAGAGACAUCUCACCACAUUUCCUGUUUGUAACAGAAAAAAGGCAGUGAAGGAAUACAAAUAGACAGAACAGGUAUUGACGAGCAAUAUCACUCAGGAGAACACACAUUUUUAGUUCUGAUAAGAAAGGCUUUUUUUUUUGCUAUCUACAAUGUCAGGUAACACCUGUGCCACUCCUUGGGUAAUUGUUUGUCUCGCGGUUAUAGCUUUGAUCAUAUCCUUAUGUAUUCAUAUCCUUACCUACCAUACAAGACGGAAAAAAGAAAAAAAGCCAAUAACAUACAGAGAUUAUGAACCAAGCUUUUUGGAGCCAGAGUAUAUUGAUGAUAACCCCAUUUAUGGGAAUAUUAAUCCUGAAGUUGUAGAAGUUGAAGAAGUUCCCGAAGUUUGUUAUGAACAAAUGAACAUAAAAGCUCCAGUGCGAGUUCAAAGAGAACGAAAGGCAGCAGCUGAACACAAGAUGUGCUAUGCAUCUCUUGAGUUAUCAGCACAGAAGAAGCAAGGAAAGCGUGGAAAAAAGAAUUCACUGGACUUUGUGGAUACAGACAUGGAGAGGAACAUGCCUUCUAGAACAAACAGCAUGUACCUGAACAGCCAGCAGCUGGCAGAUGGACAUGGGGAUGAAGCCAUUCACGAGGAUCCCUCUUUGCUUUUGAGCAUGAUUAAUACAAAUAGGUACUAGGCAACAGAAAACCUCUUUCUUUAACUCCUCACAGCUUUCAUACUUUUAUUAAAUUUAAAAUGUUCUGUACUUUCCCUACAAGUUUAGAGUUUGUAUUGCACUUCUUGUAAGUAGCAGGGUUCCAAAAAACAUAACGUUAAACGUCCCCACAUGUUACAAUUGUUAAAUAACAUACCUCAGUUUUCUUCUCAUUGUAAUAUUGUGACCAUUUGUUACUUAUAACUUUUUAAAAUCUGUUUCAAUGCUCUUUUAAAAAUGUCCACUCUAGUGCACUGAUAGCGUAAGGA